UACAUUCAAGCUGUCGAUGGGUUCGCCUGUUUUAACAGACGUCACUCACGCGCUGUCUCGGCCGACUUACACUGCAAGAUGCUCAGAAGUGAGAAACGUAUUUACAAGACUCUCUGUCAAGGAUUUGCAUCAAGUGUUUCCACAGCUUUUGGCUAAUGUAUUUGGCUUUCAUGGCUCUAUGGAUUGGGGAUUGAAAUCACUGACUCGAGCACAGUAUCAGCUUGACUUUGACGCAGUGUUGGCAUUUCUCUCUCCCAAUGGAACAGCUUUCCAGUUGAUCGAAACACUGCAGCGUGAUCCGGAUGUACUAUUUGAAUUUCCCGUUUCUUGCCUUCCUGCAGCCACGAAGCAACAACUUAUGUUUGGCACAGUUCCUUUGUUGUAUCAGAAGAAGCUUCAAAGACCACAUAACAACUUUGGAAGAGUAGUGGAAAGCAAUCAGCCUGUCAUUUGGCUUAAUGCAUUUGAGUACUACAUGUUUCACUUUGCGUAUUGGCUGGUUGUUUGGGCGUCUUCCAAAUCUGAGCCACCAUGGACUGACUUGGGAAAUUCUCUUUAUUUGGCUAUUCUUGAUUCCUACUGUAGAGCUUUCUUGCCAACUGAGGGAAAUGUCAAUGUCAGGUUGACGUCGACUAUGUCUUCUCAACUUUCCUCUUUUCCAGUGAGAAGCACACAGUCUCCACUGCCAAGCAGUACCAGACAUCAUUGGUCACCUGAGACUGCUUUGCUAUCAUGGAAUGGUCUCAGUUCUCCAUGUGAUUACAAACCAGUGCCUGGACUUUUGAAAGCAUCUUCUUUGACUUUGUCUACGUCUGGUCUUAUCAGCUGUCAAGAGAAUUAUGCGAAUGAGACUUGGUGUUCUGAAACAUUUGCACAGAUUUUGGUCGAGUUUUGGUUGAACCAAGUGCUACCAGAGCAAUCUGUUGGAAUCAGCUUUGUGAAUGUUGGACAGACAUUGAUGCCACCUCAAGAACAUGUUCGGCUGGUGCGUGGCUUGAUAAAACGUGUACACGGCUUUGCAACAGGAGCAAGCAGAAAUCAAGACCAGUCUUUGGUUACUCUACAACUUCGAAGAACCAUCAUUCCAAAUGUCUUCCAGAAGAAGACAUUGACUUUUCUUCACCACUUGUUUAUUCACUGGCCAUUAGACUCAACAUUUCGAGUGGUUUUGGAAACUUGGCUUACAUACAUUCAACCAUGGCGCUAUGUUACUAAUAAUGGUCAACAAAGUCCUAACAUGAGACAACCGGACUGGAACCACUGGAAACCAUUUAUUCAAGAUAACAUACAGUUUUACACCAUGUUGAUGACGGAAUUUCUUCAGAGGGCUCUCAAGUUGAAUCUGAUGGACUUAAGAGAUACCGUUUUGAUCCAACGUGUUGCCAAGGUGUUUUCGGUUCGUGAUUUAGUGGCUAUUAUAGAGGAUUGUGAUACUGAUGCUGUAGUCGAGUCUUCAAUCAGCGCUGUGACUGUGUCAGGGUUUCUACCUGCUAUAAAUUCAGCUACUCAGAGUCAAUACAAUCAUCAGCUGGUGCAAUAUCUGAUGGGCAACAUAUCUCAAGCUCUUUAUUUGCUGAAGAAGAACACAUCCCAACCCGCUGCUUUUCAAACUAAUGCCCCUGCUGUCUCAUUGAACUCAAUAGGUUCAGUUUUCUUGAACGCAUUGAAGUCAUCUUUGUCUUUAUUUAUGAAUAAUUCAAAACCUGAGAGACAGUCUGUUGUCUCAGUGGGUGAUAGAGCAAGAACCGUUCAACAACUAGAGUUGGCAUUUGAUUUUUUUAGACAAGGAUUUGAAGUUACAGAUGUGCUGUUAUCACAUGCAGGCAUCAUGUCAGGGCAGCCUUUAAGUAGUAUGUCAUUGUCAACGUUGGAUGAACACAUUGGUAGUGCACUGGAAUCAAACAGCAUCAGUGUUCCUAGUUUUGCAGAACACGGUGCUCUCUCACGUAUAGGUAGUCUGGAGCCUGAUUAUCUGCAAGGGUCAGAUAAACAGAUACUGUCGUCACUAGGAAGACAACAGGUUAUUCGAGGUAUUCGAAAGUGUAACCCUUCAACUGUCAAGCCACGCAUAGAUCCUUUGCUUAUGCCUAUUUGUUCUCAUGAGAAUGCCAUCUUAGUUCGCUUAUUACAUCAUGUCUCACAGAAGCUGUACGACAAGAUCGGUCCAACUCUGUUACAAUGGCGUGGUAAUGGUGGUCCACUCAGCUGGUUGGCGACUGCCAUUUUGACAGAACCUGUUUCAGGGUGGAAAGAGAUUGAUUGUCAUCGUGCAUCAACACCUGCUCGACAGUCAUCUGAUAGCCGAGAUUUAUUGAACAUGGAGAAAAUACGUAAGAUUCGACCUGGGUAUGAACCCCGCAUUAGUCUGAGAUUUCUGGCUUCAUACCCAAACAUGUUCUGGCUUUUUCUACUGACUGUUGUCUGUUGGUUGUUCAAUUUGAGUUGGGGAAUGCUUUUCUCUAUUACAGUGGCUUUGUUUAGUGUAUUUGUUGUGAUGAGAAACAUACAAUAAUUAAGGCAAUUGAAUACUA